AUGCUCAAGUCAGCACAAGAUCUUUAUCGCAUCUUUUCGUGUUUAACAGAAAAUCCGCUCAGAAUUCGACAUGUACUAUUAAAGCUCGCCAGCCGAAUGCACGAAACGGCGCUGCUAGUGAUUUCGAAGGGGUCGAUUUCGCGAAUCAAAGAACUACUCUCACUCGCCGCCACAACUGUUCGACAAAAACUGUAUGUCCGUGUUGAACACGAAGAGUUAGAUGCACUCGUCCCGCAAGUUUAUCUCGAAUCCUCGUUACUAUGCCCGAAUUUGGAUGUUCGAGUGAUGCUUGCGGAUCGAAUCCCGGAACAUCAAGGUUUUAUAGGUGAAGAUCGACCUGGAAAAAUGAUUAUUCCUGAGAAGAAAUACAAGGAAGUUGUCCUGGGAGGGACAUUUGAUAGAAUACACAACGGGCAUAAAACGUUGCUAUCAAAAGCCGUGCUUUUGGGAAGUCAAACUCUUUUCUGCGGUGUUACCGAUGUUGAGAUGAUCAAAAAGAAAACACUGUGGGAAUUGAUUUCACCCGUUGAGGAUCGUAUCAAUGAUGUGAAAGAAUUUGUGAACGAUGUUUCUGAAGGUCUCAGUUGUGAUCUCUUUCCUCUUGAUGAUCCAUUUGGAAAAUCGAUUACCGUACCUUCGAUAGAAGCUAUUGUGGUUAGUGAAGAAACGAGAAAAGGAGGCGAAGCAGUGAAUUCCCGACGAAGGGAUAACAAACUAUCUACUCUGAUAGUCGAGCAAAUCGAUUUACUAAAAGACGAAGACCUGGUACUAAGCGAAGUGAAGGUUAGCUCAUCAACGAGAAGAAGAGAGGCUCUUGGAACUCUAUUGCAGCCACCGUUCAGAGCACCUAUUCAAGGACGUCCUUAUGUUAUUGGGUUUACUGGAGGUAUUGCAUCCGGAAAAAGCAACAUUGCGAAAUAUCUCAAAAGUUUGACGGACUUUCAGGUCAUCGAUUGUGAUAAGCUUGCGCAUGACACGUACACGCCUGGAAGUAAGCUAUGUUUGCGAAUUGGUGAAGCAUUCGAAGGAGUAUUGGAUACGACUGGGGCUGUUGAUAGAAAAAAACUAGGAGCGAUCGUGUUUAGCAAUCCAGAGCACCGAUUAAAAUUGAACAACAUAGUUUGGCCAGCUUUGAUGGAAAUCAUCGAAGAAAAGAUCGACCAAUGUGAAAAGGAGUUCUUUGUUGUGGAAGCUGCCGCUCUAAUUGAGGCCGGUUGGCACAAAAGAAUGAACGAGUUAUGGACGGUGAUUGUAUCAAGAGAGGAAGCCCUUCGACGAAUUUGUGCACGAGACGGCGUUCCAGAAAAAGAUGCUGAGGCCCGCCUUAAUGCGCAAAUUGACAACAAAAAACGAGUGGAUGCCUCAAAUGUCGUGUUCUGCUCUCAAUGGGCGUAUGAAGAAACGCGUGCACAGGUUAUGAGAGCAGUCGAAGCGAUAAUGCGGGCCGCAGAAUUGAUGGAGGAGGAUAGCGGAUACGUCUGGGAUAGCAAUCGAUUUCUUGCUCUCCGAGAAGAACUGCUCCAGGAAAAAAAUGAGGACAAAGCGCUGGAAAUUCUUACCCGACUCUUAAGCAUCGAUGAAGAAACUGUGGAUCCAUUGGCUUGGAUGGACGCAAAAGACCUCAUUGUGCUGCUUCUUCAAACGAUUACCGCCGAUAAACUUCUUUCUCAGCAUCAGAUCUUUAUUCUUAACGCUGUCAACCAGUGCUCUCCAUCUGUUGUCGAAUUGUUGGCUGCAUUCUUCCUGCAAAACAACUCUUCGCAAAAGUUGAUCUCAUCGGGAUCUUUGGCGGUGGCAAUCGCUUUCGCAAGACGAAUCAAUGAAGAGGAAUGUUAUGAAAAGAUUGCUGUUUUGCUUGGACCAAUUUUGCACGUGUCUGAAGUUAGUCAAGAGUUACUUCAUCAGCUGGCCAGCUCGAAGAAAUCACAACAUCGUUUUCGAAUCUACGAGGUUGUUGUAUCUGCUUGUCGAAUCAAAAAUCUUCAUCCGGAGAUGAAACCAUUUUUCGACUACAUUAUGAAGGAUAUUGCAACUGAUGACAUUCUUAGCCAGCUUGCGAUUAUGGAUUUGUUGUCUUCGAUUGCUAUUUGCGGUCCACAAAUGUGUCAGCUUUUGACAGAAACCGGGGCUUCGACUGCUGUUUACAAUUUGCUCAGCUCUUCAAAGGAUUCGCCGGAUGGAGGAUUCUUGUAUCCUGGAUGUAUCAAAUACUUUGGACACCUUUGUCGCGUCUUUCCUAGCCAGCUUUCGGUUUAUCCAAAGUUCCUGGAUGCGCUCGUUGAUUUGAUUUCCCAUUUUGAUCGAUUGGAUCCAUCACUUCGAUUGAUUGCUUUUGAUACACUUGGAAAUGUCGGUCAUUCCGGGGAGGCGAAAGUCGAAUUGGAGAAAAUCAAAGGUGACAUCAAAAUGCGCCAAAUACUUGCUCAUUUUGGAGUUGCAUGUGUAACCGGUCCCGUUGAUUUGCGAGCUCGUCAUCUCGAUGCUUUGGCGACUUUAUUUGGUGAACCGGCCACAAAACAAAACGAAAAUAUUUCUCGACGAUAUUUUGGAUGGUUGGGUGAACCGUUUCCCAAGCUUUUGUUUGAUGUCCUUCAGAAGCCUUUCGACAAUAUGCGAUUGGCUACGCUUGCUGCAUUGAACUCCGUUCUCGGCUAUGAAUUUGGAAAAUCGACUAUGUUUACCAUUGGAGGUUUCACUGACUGGCUUGUGAAAAAUACGACCGAGACGCAAUGGGAAACAGCUCAAGCCAAAGAGAAAAUUGUGAAGAAUCUUCUUGCUUCGGACUCGAUGCUCAUUGAUGGAACACUUCGCGACAAACUCACGGCUUACUUCACUCCUAUCAAAAACGACCCUCAAGUCGGUAUGGCUAGUUUG